AUGCCCUUCCCCUCCUGCAAAUCCGAGUGCAUCCCUGAUCUGAACGUACGUGACGACGACGUGCAACUCGACUCGGGAACAUGGAACGACGGUGCCCAGACCACUGCUAUUGAGCAUCUGGUCACGCUCAAACAGGGGUUGAGGACGUCCGACACCGAGCUGUUCUGGAAACGGCUCAUGGAAGAUAUCACCUCGAUCACAAAAGCCCAGUAUGGAUUCGUGGCCCGGAGGGUGCACGGAGGUGAGCCCAUGCCAGAACUAUGCGGGCGGCGCCCGUCGCUGUUUGGCGCGGCUUUCUACUACAACGAUGGCUAUCAGACAGUUGGUUUGCAGCGAAACAGGUAUUUCGCAGGCGGAAACCCUUUGUUGCACAUGGACCACGAACGUCCUUGUUUGAUUCCUGAAAACCUCAGCUCGUUGGUAUCAUUCGGCGACGAUCAACUCCCAUUUAGCGCCGAUGGCUAUUUGGCGAUUCCACUAUUUUCGGCUGGAAAGUGCCUGGCGCACCUCGGGUUGAUGUGGUCGAAAGAUGGUCUUCGGAAUCGAAAUCUAUCCUGGUCUUUUCUGGAGAUGAUUCUUCACUCGCUUGAAGACCUCAUUGUGCAACGACUCCUUUCUGGCGAGGUAUUAGUAAACGGCCAAACCUCGCAUACUUCCGCUACGAGUACCUCAAUUCCCCACCCCCAUGAUACCGGCAUUCACGAACACUCCCAUUUCAACUCCCAACCCCUCAAACCGUACGCACGAAGUUUGUCACAUGAAUUACGGACUCCAAUGCAGGGUGUGGUAGGCAUGCUCGAUGUUAUGCAUGCCACGGUACGCGAGGCGAUGGAGAGCAAGACUCCCGUUAAAUCUGGUGCAAUAUUCCAGGCUCUUAAAGAGGGGAUUGAGAUGGUGCAAGAUAGCGCGAGACGUGCUGUUGAGGCAGCUGACAAUGUCGUUCACGCAUACGAUCUCAAUAUGCAGGUCCCUAAAACGCCGCAGCGAGAGGAAAGUGAAAUCCUAGGCCAACCCGCAAUUCCUUAUAUACCCGAAAUCCCCGAAACUCGCCCGAGUAUUUUCAUUGAAGGAAACAACAUCGCGGUCAAUCCCUAUAAACGACGACGCAGUCUACCACCCGAAAUGAAUCCAAGGCCGACACGGAAGCAGAGGCUUCGCGCGGCAUCAUCUCGACAAGAGCUUUCGCCUCGUAGUGAAGAAGUUAAGAAUGCUGUCCACGAGAGUGACCAGAUCGUCCAUGCAACCCCAGCUCGCCAGAUCGAAGCUGUCAUGGCCGACAUGGUCGAUCCACGCCCGUCUCUCGCCGUUCGACGAUCCGCACCUCACUUACUCUUGGAGGGCAUCAACGUGAACUCAAGGGGCUCUGCUUUGCGCUUCACCAAGUUGCGGGAUCUUCUUCGUUUGGUGAUUAACGAGUCUCUUCACGUCGGGGGCCGACCUGAUUCUGCCGUUAGCAAUACAACCGAUUUUGGCGAGAGGAUUGAGAUUCGGUCCCGGUCAUCGAAUGGCGAAAUGUUCACCCAGGUUGUGGACUGGUCCGUGGAUCCAGCACUGCCCGAUACCCUUCUUGCCGAUGACCGUGACCUGGCCAAACUGAUUUCAUGUGUCUUCCUCAACGCAAUUAAAUUCACCAACAACGGCACCAUCACUGUGUGCGCCACUAUCGACCCCAAGAGAAACGACGUCCUCAUUCUUGUCCGAGAUACUGGCCCCGGAAUUCCAGCUGCAUUCCUACCGAACCUCUUCAAAGCGUUUGCUCGCGAGGACGCAUCGACCACUAGGAGCAAAGACGGUCUGGGUCUUGGUCUCCUCGUGGCCAAGGGACUCUCACGUAAGAUGGGCGGUGAUUUGACCUGCGAACGCUCGUCAACAUCAGGGCCAGAUCGUGGCUCGGAAUUCCAAAUUCGUAUUCCUGUGAAUCAAGGCGAGGCUGAUGGCCGACCUGCAACUCCCAACGAACGGACUCUGACACCACCCACAAUCAACGACCAAGCACGACAGGGCAGUGCUACCGGCUUCAUCUCCGAGCCUUCUUCUUCCGUAUCCCCUUUCAUCCUCCCCCAAAAUAGCCAGUUGCAGCAACCAACUCCGAGUACCUCAGACGAGAACAUGUCUCAAAGCCCAACGCCCCCGCGCCGAGUAUCACAACCCCGUCUACAUCGAACAAACAUCUCCUCUGGCGAUGUAUACGAUAAGAAGCUCGCAGAAAAGUAUCCACUACGCUUCCUUGUUGCAGAAGAUAACCGAAUCAACCGACGCGUUCUUGUGAACAUGCUCCGCAAACUUGGCUACCGCGAUGUCCUCGAAGCAGCCGACGGCAAAGAAGCAGUUCAAAUCGUGCACGGUAUUCUGUCUGCUGCAAAACCAUCGAAGGAACCCGAAGCCGAUCCCAACAACGCGCAAAGCAUGCAAGGCGUAAUCAAUGAGCCGUGCGAGGCGACAAAGAUGAAAGCCAUUGAUGUGGUUCUAAUGGACCUCUGGAUGCCAGAAAUGGACGGAUAUGAAGCCACCUCGCGCAUUCUUCAGAUGGUCGAUAAUCACCGAGAUCAACAUGCCGGUUUCGAGCAACCAAAUUUGAACAGCCCCGACUCGAUGGAGAUGGAUCCAAAACCCAUUAAUUCUUGGGCACUCCCACCUCCUACCGUUCUGGCCGUUAGCGCAGACGUCACUGAUGAGGCACUGAACCGUGCAUCCAGGGUGGGAAUUAAGGGCUACAUGACGAAACCCUACAAACUCUCCGACCUUGAACGAUUGAUUCUCGAAUUCUGCGGUGGCUCUAGCAAGCCCAACCUCUGA